AUGAUAAAUUUCUAUUGUUCAUACAUAGAAAUUCUCGAAACGAAUAUGGAUAACCUACCUUCAAAUAAAUAUAUAAAUAAAUUACUUCAAAGCGCGAAUAUCAAUGAUUUAUUAUCUAAAACUAAUUCAAGAAAUUCUUCGGAUGUAGUAGAAUGGAUACAAAAAUAUUAUUCAGACGUUAUAAUUUCUUAUAAUGAAAUAAGAAAAGAGUGCAUUAUAGAUUCCAAGAAUCAAAAAUGUUGUAGAGAUGUUAAUUAUUACUUAGAUUUUGUAAAAUCAAUAAUAAAAUUAUCAAAUUUUAAUAGUGGAGCAAAUAUAGACAUGAUAGCUAUGCUUGAAGAACAAUGGAAUAAUAAACUUAGCGCUUCUGAUUAUAAGUGCGAAAGAGGAAAAUCAGUUGAAUCUACUCUAAGAAGAUGUAUACUAAAACAAAUUUAUGAUUUUAAAGAUGAUAUUAGUUACUUAGAUAAUAAAACAUAUUCACAUACUAUGUAUGAUGAAUACCUUAACAAGAAAUGGAAUAAAAUAUAUGAAUAUAUAAAAACUAGUAUUGGUAAUAAAAAGGCAAUUAUUUCUAAUGAAAGAAAAUCCGAAUCUAUAUUAGUUGAUGCUUUUCCUUUGAAUUAUAAUUUUCUAAAUUCUUUAAAAAUGGAUAUUAAAGAAAAUAUUAAUAUCAAAAUUUCUGAGGAAAAUGAAGUGAUCAAGGAAUUGAAAAGAAUGUUAUCCUCAUCAAUUGAAGCAAAAAUUACGAUACCUUCGGAAAGUAGUUCUACAGAACAAAUGUCUUAUGUUGAAACACAUAGUAUAUACAAUAAUAUAUUUUCAGCUAAAAAGUUACUCAUUAUAAGUUUCAUUUUUUUCGGAUAUAUUACGAUAAAUAUAAUGUUAUACAAAUUCACCCUGUUAGGAACAUGGAUAAAUAAUAGAAUAAAAUGUAAUAAAUUCAUACAAAAAUAUAUUUGUAAAAAUAAAACAGAAUCAUUAUUAUCGAAAAAUGAUUACAACAAAUUAAAUAUUGCUUACAAAUCUUUUGACAGCUAUUAUGAAAAUAGCAUUUGA